UCAUUACCGAUUUGAACAUUUCCAUGUCUUUUUUAUCGAUAUUUAAAAAAUCAUUUGACAAAGAAAAAUUUCGAUGUUAUAGCGUUGUACAAUUCAAAGAAACCCAAGCCGUUUCUAUGGCAACAGAUAUCGUUCAACAAACUUGCUGUUUUGCAUGCGUCCAAUUUUCAUUUUUCCAGUGUAGUUUCUCAGAAUGAACUUCGACUUAGAUGAUCCUUUAGAAGGUUUAUUAAGUGAUGGCAGUAAUGAUAGCUUGUUUGGAAAUGAGCCUUCAAAAAAGCCGGAUAAACCCGGCAAACCCGGGAAAAUGGAAGACUUGUUCGGCAUUAAAACGGACACAGCAAAGCGGGCAUCGGUUCCCAAAAUCGGCGAACCGUCUGGUAUGGCGUCGGAAAAAAUGCAACCCGCAUCGUUGGACUAUGCGAAGCUUCCAACAGCAACUACCCAACAACCGUCCAGUUUGACUAGCGUGCAAGGAAGAAAAACGGAACCUGCUCCCAGUAAGCCAGUCAGCAUGGCGCCGUCCAACAAACCUACCACACCGCAGAAGAAGGAAAUUUCAUUCGACGAUAGCGAUUUGCUGGCAGAUCUUGGUUUCGAUCCGAAAAAGCCCAAAUCAAAAUCUACCAUUCUAGACGACAUCCUUGGCGGACCGUUAACCGCUGCGACAAAAGAGAUACCUCCGAAAAGCAUCAUGGCUAAACCAAGGCAAAGUCUUACCACCACACUGGAAGAACCGCAAACUAUUAGCAAAGCAGUUUCUCGCCAAUCAACCGACACCUCGGAAAAUCCACCACCCGAAAGUUCUGUUAUGGGUAGCUACGCACCAACCGGAAACAAUCUCCCGAGCUUCGGCGCUGCUCCGAAAAGAAGCGGUCGUCGAAAGUCUUCGGUCUCGAUGCUGAACGAUCCUUUAGGGUUGUUCGGUGGGACAACGGAAGAAAAAGGCUCUCGUGCUGAAAUGAAGCAACCAAAGAAAGGUGGUGCUGAUUGGUUAGGUUUAAAUGAUGACCCAGUGGCGAGCGAAGUGGAACAAGUUCCCGUGCCUUCGACAACGCUGGCGAAACCGCGCGAUUCCAUCGCAGCUAAAGCGCCACCAGUCGCCCCAGUUCCGCCAGAUGUCUCAGCGGAGGUGACUGUACCGCCCAAACCCGAAAUAUCUACAACGUCUACCCCGACGCCAAUCGGAUUGGGACAGUCCACGCUACAGCCUCAACCGAUAAUAUCGGACCCUCAAUUAAUUACAAACACUAUUCAGCUCGUAGAUAUGGAAGCGCAAAACGCAUUAGCGACGAUGCAACAGCAGGAGAUCCAGCUGUCCAUAGCCGGCCAAAUGAAGAACCAAGAAAAGGCACUGAUUGAAAUGCAACAGAAACAGCAAACUAUACUGAAACGGCAGGAAGCACAGUUUAACGAACUACUUCAGAAACAAAUGCAACGCCACACACUGUUGGAAGAUGUUCUCGCCAAACAGCAGCAACGGAUAAAUGCCAACAUUCAGCUGAUCAUGAGUCAACCGGCCCCAUUUGCCUCCCUCCCAUUCGGUGACCGAACAACAAGCGAGCUGUCCCCAAACGACUUGAGGCAAGCUACCGAACCAAAUGCCACCGAAAAAGUGGAACUGCAAACCGAUGUGAAACGUUUGGAGAUGGAAAAGCUGCGUCUCGAGGAUAUGGUGGCGAACCUGUCCGCGAACCAUGAACAGGAGCUGUCGAUCCUUGAAUCAAGCUACAAAAAACAAAUGACCUUCCUGGAGGAAAGUCUUCGCAUCAUGGAAGCUCGCCUGAAGCAUGACAACAAGCAGUUGGAGGAUUUCUACCAAGCCAAAAUCACAUUCGUCGAACAGGAGAAGCAAAAGCUAAUCGCAGACCAUGAAGCGAAAGCCCAAUCGAUGGAAGAGCAUCAUCGUAAGGUGAUCGAACAGCUUAAGCAAGGAUAUGAAGAAAGUCUCGAACAAUUGCGCCAGGAUCAUCGCGAAUCAGUGGCUGCAAUACGUGAAUCGAAAAUGCUCGAAUUUUCUGCCAUUCAAGAUAAUCAAUCUUACUUACAAACGCUUAAAAGUGCUUCCAGCUACCUGGAAAAUGCGUCCGGCGAUUUGCAGCAACUUCGCGACACGCUACAGGACCAGAUCGAAUUCACGCAGAAGGAGAAAGAGCUUCAAUUGAAGCAGCGCGAAAAGCAACUAGAGGAUCAGCAACGUUUGCUCGAUCGCACACGUGAAGCUACGGCGGAGGAGAACGUGCGUUUGCUCAAUUUGGUGGAAAUGCUAGAGAGUAAAGUUACCGAGAUGACUAAGAUAUCAUCGCAAGAGCGCUGGGAAUAUCAGCAAAAAUGUGUCAAGCUAGAAGCAGAGCGGCAGAGCGUAGACAAGGAGAAACAGUUUCUUCGCGAGCGCCAUGAACGGGAGGAGAAACGUAUUGACGAACUGAAGCGCUUGCAGCUUGAGGAACACUCUCGGUUGAUGGAUAAGGUGGCCCAGGAACGGCAAACUCUAUUGGAGGAGAAAGCCAAACUAGAGACGAUGGCGCAGCUAGCGUCCACCACCAACUCGAUCGGUACGGGAACGUCGCGCCUUGAGGUGGAAGCCGCCCUCAAGGUGGCCGAAGAAGCCGCUCGCCAAGCCGAUUCAGAGAAGGAGCGCUACCUACAGAUGCAGCGCCAGCUAGAGUCUAAACGCCGUGAAAUGCAAACGCGCGAAAGCAAGUUGUGUGAAGCGAAAGAUGAGCUGGAAGCGGCAAUCGAUCGGGCUUGUCAGAGGGAACGAAAUGCCGAGACAGUGUAUCGCAGUCUGCGUAAAUCGGAACAGAACUUGCAGCUCAAGAUGCAACUGAUACAGCGACAGUUUCGCGAAGUGUCCGAGCGGGAGGAUCGUUUGGCUAAGGAAAAGAUCGAGUUCAGUAAGGAACGGCUGGAGCUGCAGGCUGCCAGGCGCAAGCUGCUGCAGACCCGUUGCAGCCUAUGCAAGAUCGGCGAUAAGUCGCAGGAGAUCGCCGGUGAUCUGCUUACCACCAACACGGAUUCCGUAGCAGACGAUCUGAAGCUGGAAGCUAACUUUGCCGAAAUGCAGAACCGCUUGGAUGUGGCCGGGUUGAGAUUGGAUCAACAUUUCGACAGCGAUGUGGAUCGGCAAAUGAAACUGUUUCUCGAGCGCAAUCAGACAGAUCAGUGUGAUGAUGUGGAGUUGACGGAAAGUCAGCGACGGCAUCGUGAAAUUGAUCGUGACUUGGCUCUUUUGAACUUUGACGCACUUUUUCCACACCUACGUUCAGGUGAGGAAACGUAGAGGCCAAUACUUGUAAUCACUUUCUCUGGUAAGACAAUACAGUGUUCAAAUGAAUCGUUUUUAA